AUGGCGACGGUGCCCGAGGCCAUGCCGCCUUUGCAAAGUGUGUCAUUGGAAUCGCCAGAGUAUGCAGUACUUGUGCAGACGUUGAAUCCGGGAAUGCACACAAAGUGUUUUCGUAUGGGCGGUUUGGCUACCGGAGACAUGCUUUUGGACGAUGUCGCCGUUGCGAUGGAAUUAGGGUCUGUCGACAAGUCGCUCCUUCGCCUCACAACGCGCGGCGGCCGCACUAUGCACGAACAUGAUCGAAUUGUUGAUUUUGCGGAGCUUGGCCAUUUUGUGGAGCUUGAGGUGCGUGUGCGUCUCCUUGGCGGCAAAGGAGGCUUUGGGAAUAUGCUGCGUGCCCAAGGCGGCCGCAUGAGUGCGCGGAGAAAAGACGGGAAUACAGACGCAUGCCGGGAUUUGCAAGGGCGACGGAUCCGCACUGUGAAUGAGGCGCAGGCGCUUGCAGAGUACAUUGCCAACGAGCCUGAACGCCAGGCAGCGCUUGACACGAAACAGAAAGCCAAGUAUGCAAAACUGGAGCGCAUGCUCGGGCGCGCGCCAAAAACAAAAGUGGACUUUGAAGAAGCUGCGACGAAACUUGAUGAUGCCGGUGAAGGGCUUGGCGGCGCGCCUGAAGCGGGCCCUGCGCGUGCACCCAAGCGUAAAGAACGGCUUGACGACCAUGACUACGUGGAACAAAGCCGUGAACUUGUAGAGAAUGCGCGCAGUGCCGUUGCGAGUGCGAUGAAAAAACGCAAAGGCAAGAAGCGAGUGGGCCCAGGCGACGGGGCCGUGCGUGCGAGCUCUGGGUAG